AUGGUGCAGACCAACAUGUUGGAAAAUGAUACGCUCGACGUGCUCGGCCAGCAGCCAGACAUGUACAAACUCUAUACGCAGAUAUGCUGCAUCUACCCCGUUUCUGAUACGUCUGUCCAUAGUACCAUUAUCGGGACUUUGAGACGCGGACUUGAUCGACUGGCAGAGGCCUUCCCAUGGCUUGCUGGAGAAGUCAUAAAUAAAGGAUCCAGUACCAACAAUAGCGGUGUUUAUCGAAUAAUUCAUUCGCGAACAAUACCCUUUGUUGUCAAGGAUCUCCGAAAAGACGCCUUUGCGCCUACAAUGAGCGCUCUGCGAGAAAACAACUUUCCCAUGACAAUGCUCGAUGAAGGCCUCAUAGCAUCAUGCUUGACCAUCAAUACCCCGGGAAAUACAGUGGGAUUAGCAGCAGAGUCGGCCCCAAUCUUUGCCGUCCAAGCCAAUUUCAUCACCGAUGGCCUCAUGAUUACCAUUGUCGGGCAGCAUAACGUCAUGGACAUGACAGGGCAAGAUAGUGUUAUUAAGUUGAUGUCGAAAGCCUGUCAUGGUAUCCAAUUUACGGAGGAGGAAGUGUUCGUUGGAAACAUGGAUCGGAGCAGAACGAUUCCCCUGUUAGAUGAUGACUAUACGCCCGGUCAUGAGCUGGAUGAACAAAUGAUCAAACCUCAGGAGAGCACUGAACAAGAAUUUCCCGUGAAUGCAACAUGGGCAUAUGUGACCUUUUCACCAACUGCACUGCAAACUCUCAAGUCCUUGGCAACAUCAGUGACCCUGCCAUCUGGAUUUGUUUCUACCGAUGAUACGGUGUGUGCUUUCAUCUGGCAAUGUGUUUCUCGUGCUCGGAUCCCACGCUUGACACCGACCACAAAAUCAACAUUUGCACGAGCUGUUGAUGUCCGACAACGACUAGGAGUCCCCACCUCAUACCCCGGGAUGUUGCAGAGCAUGACCUACAAUUCGAACACCCUCCAAGACCUUGCAGAGCAGCCGCUUGGGGCCAUUGCGUCUGAGCUUCGCAGACAACUGGACCCCGAAGUGCGGGAUCUCGUCCACAACGUCCGCGCUCUUGCAACAUAUCUCACCCGGUCUCCAGAUAAGACGAAGGUGUCUUUCACUGCGAGUGUGGAAAUUCCGACGGGCAUUGCUCUUAGCUCCUGGGCUCGGAUCAAGUGCUACGACCUGGAUUUCAAUCUUGGUCUAGGACUACCAGAGUCAGUAAGGAGACCAGCUUUUAUACCAGUCGAAAGUUUGAUAUACAUCAUGCCAAAGUCUCCGCAAGGGGAAAUGGCUGUUGCAAUUUGCCUUCGUGAUGAGGAUUGGAAGCAAUUACGGGCAGAUGAGGAGUUUGGGAAAUAUACCACUUACAUUGGGUAG